AUGCAUCGGUCGGCCAAUAACCUGGCUGACCCGUACACGCGAAGUUACGAUCCGCAAGAGCUCGACUCUGAAGCUGCGCAAAGAUGGCUUAUUUCGUUGACUGAGGGGGGUUCGACCUUCUCGGAAGGAGCCGAUCCCACCCAGGACGUCUUCACCAUCACUGAAUCUGGCGAGGAGGCGAGCACUCUAGAUUUGGCGGAGAGUGUCUAUAGUUGGAUUGUGGCCAAGCAGCAAGAGGACCCGUUCUGCCGGUUCAUCCGCUACCUCAAAAAUGACCUCGAGAAGGCGCCCAAGGAGAUCGACAUUGAGAACUUCAACGCCGCCGACCUAUGCAAGAUCAAGGCUUUGUAUUGCAUCAACACGGAGGAAAACCAAGCGGUAGUGAGGCUACAAAUCGGACGUGACGCCGAGCCCAACAAUGAGGGAUCAUUACUUGUCCCUCCUGGGGCCCGCCAGAAGGUCCUCAUCAGCUUCCACGGUUACUCAUGUCACCGGAACUCUAAGUUCCAGUAUGUGAAGAUGGCCGAGUUCUAUUAUUGGAAGGGGAUUCGACGGGACGUUCGAGCCUUCUGCAAAUCGUGUCCAGCCUGCCAGCAAGCCAAGGGCCAUGGGUCAUUGGUGGAUGAGGAGGUCCUAUUGAACAGCAGGGUCUACCUUGACGCCAAUACUGUCUUGUCUAUCGACUGGAUUGGUCCCGUAAAUGAGACUGGUAUCCGAGUAAAUCUGCCGACGGAGCCUAAGCUGGGGCCUACGAGCCAUAGCUUUGUCCCCGACGAGAACAUCAAAUACUAUUCGAGGCUAUACGGUCUUUCCGGUGCGGAGGUUGUGCGGUACCUUGGUAUCAACUACUCCCUAUGA